AUAAAAGAAACAGACAAUUACUUAUUACAUGAAUUUUUUAAAGAUGCUAAAGAAUUCUAAAGAACCAAAGAUCAACCAUGAUGAUACUCGCCUACUAAUUGUUUCUAAUCGACUUCCAAUUACAAUUAAAAGAAAAAACAAAAGAGAAUAUGAAUUUAGUAUGUCUUCAGGAGGGCUUGUAAGCGCACUAAGUGGUCUUAAGAAAUCUAUUUCUUUUUUAUGGAUAGGAUGGCCAGGCGUAGAAGUUCCAGAAUCAGAAAGAGAAUACGUUAUAUCUAGACUUCAGGAAGAAUAUAAUGCUAUUCCAGUGUUUAUGGAUGAUGAGCUAGCUGACCGGCAUUAUAAUGGAUUUAGUAAUAGUAUUUUAUGGCCUCUUUUUCAUUAUCAUCCAGACGAAAUCAGAUUUGAUGAACCUACAUGGAAUGCAUACAAGGAAGCCAAUUGGACCUUUUCAAAACUCAUAUGUUCUAUUGUUCAAGAUAGAGAUUUAAUAUGGGUUCAAGAUUAUCAUCUAAUGCUUCUUCCGGCUAUGCUUAGAGAAAAAAUGAAUAAAAAAUAUCAGAAUGUAAAAAUAGGCUUUUUCCUUCAUACCCCCUUUCCAAGUAGUGAGAUUUAUAGAAUUCUACCUGUGCGUAAUGAAAUUCUUUAUGGAGUUUUGCAUUGUGAUUUGAUUGGAUUCCACACUUAUGAUUAUGCUAGACACUUCCUUUCAUCCUGUUCUCGCAUUUUAAAUCUUCAUACUCUACCGAAUGGCGUAGAAUUUAAUGGGAAAUUUGUCAAUAUUGGCGCAUUCCCAGUUGGCAUUGACCCUGACAAAUUUAAAGAGGGACUUAAACAACCUAAAGUAAUAGAGAGAAUAAAAGUUUUAGAAAAAAAAUUUCAAGACAUUAAGAUUAUUGUUGGUGUUGAUAGAUUAGAUUACAUUAAAGGCGUACCACAGAAACUUCAUGCUCUAGAGUUUUUCCUUACAGAACAUCCCGAAUGGAUUGGAAAAGUUGUUCUUGUACAAGUAGCUGUACCAUCACGUCAAGAUGUCGAAGAGUAUCAAAACCUUAGAGCAAUUGUAAAUGAACUAGUUGGAAGAAUUAAUGGAAAAUUCGGAAGUAUAGAAUUCAUGCCUAUUCAUUUCAUACAUAAAAGCAUCAGUUUCGAUGAGUUAAUUGCUUUAUAUGCUGUUUCUGAUAUAUGUCUUGUCAGUUCUACUCGUGAUGGAAUGAAUCUGGUACGUAUGUAUCUAAUCCAAACGCAAAACUUAUUUCAGGUAUCCUAUGAAUACAUUUGUACUCAGCAAGAAAGACACGGUGUGAUGAUACUUAGUGAGUUUGCAGGCGCAGCUCAAUCACUCAAUGGGAGUCUAAUUGUUAAUCCUUGGAAUGUUACCGAACUUGCAAGUGCUAUUUAUGAUGCAAUUACAAUGCCAGAAGAUCUUCGAAAAUCCAAUCAUGAAAAACUCUAUCGCUAUGUUAACAAAUACACUAGCUCAUUUUGGGGCCAAUCAUUUGUUAACGAAUUAAAACGAAUUUCUUUACUUGCAAAAAAUAUGAAAAAUUCAGCUACUAAUCCUCUUGAAGAACCAAAAUCACAUUUAUCAUAAUUAACAUAUCAUUCUAUCUUUUUUCACACUUUUAUACAUUUAUAAUUUUUUUUUAUAAUUCAAC